UUGGAACCCUAACCAGAACAAGACCAAGAAACAAGAAGCAGAUUCAUUUUUGUUUGAGAAAAUCUGAACCAGGAGUUUUUCAAUCAGACAGUAUUGGAACUAGUAAUUCAAUCAUGAAUUCUCAUAAACGCUCUAGAAAAGAGUCAGAAGGUGACACCAAUGUUCAGAAAAAGGUCAAGGAAGGACACAGUAGAGCUGCUUCAAACGGAAAACUUGCCAAAACAGAAGUAUUGCCAGACGAUACGUUAUUGGCAGUGGUGAAAGCUAAAUUGAAACCAGUAUUGGGUGGCAUGGUAAAAGCAGAUGCAAAAGCAAAACCAGUAUCCAAAGCUAGGAUGAAGUCUAGGGCGAAAGCAAAACGAGCAUCUGUCGAGGCGAAGAAGGGUGAAGUGUUUGCAACGAAAAUACGCUUUUUUUGGAAGGAAACAUUAGAAGGAUUAAAGGAAGAACUGAGAGAGAAGGAGCUGGAACUUGUGUUGCUUGAUAAUAUUUCGACAAAAGAGAAACUGAAGUACUGUAUUGAUCUACUUGCUGAACGGGUUAGUGAGUCAUUAUUUGAGUCUUUUGUAUCCGAUUAUGAGGAUUUUGCUCGUAAUGGCGCAGAGGAAUUAACCGCCAGAAUGGUAAACAAGCAGCUCGAGUUUAAUAAUAUCGAAAAUGAUAUAAAGCUUCUGAACGAAACUAGAACAUCACUCCUGGAACUGACUGAUAAGUUAUGUAAACAAAAAGCAGAUAAAGAAGUUGAACUACAGAAAGAUAUUGAAAGACUGAAUCAAGAGAAGAUUACACUCAGAAGUCAUGUUGCAGCACUCGAGAAACAGGAUUCGGAGAUGGGAACUCAAAUUCAUUCACUGAGCAAAGAGAAGAAUAAACUGGAAAGUGAUAAUGAAUUACUUAAUAAACUAAAGACGAACCUGGGUAGUUAUGUUGAAGAUCUUAAAAAGGAGAAGUUUGAAUUGGUAAUUGAUGUAUGUGCGCUCAAGAAAGAAAAGGAAACACUGGAAAAUGAGAAGACAGAAUUGGGUGGCGAUAUUGAAAUAUAUAAUAAAGAAAAGUCUUCAUUGCAAAGUGAUAUUUGUUUGCUCACCGAAAGGAAGAUAAUCUUGGAAAAUGAAAUUGAGUCGAGUAACAAUAAGAAGAUGGAACUUGAAAGUGACAGUGAGUUACUUAACAACAAGAAGGAUAAAAUGGUAAAUGAUAUUGAAGUUCUUAAACUUAUUAUCAAAGAAAAGUUGGCAGUCCAGAGUGAUAUUCGUUUGCUCGAUGAAAAGAUGACUAUCCUGGAGAAUAAAUUUGAGUCGCAUAAUUAUGAGAAGAAGAAAUUGCAAGAUGAUUUGGAGAUUCUCAACAAAGAGAAGUUUGCAGUACAAGGUGAUAUUCGUUCUCUCAAUGAAAAGAAGACUGUUCUGGAAAGUGAAACUGAAUCCCUUACCAAUGAGAAGACUAGCUUGGGAAAUGAAACUGAGUUACUCAACAUGGAGAAGACGAAAUUGGUUAGUGAUUUGGAGUUGCUCAACAAGGAGAAGACUAGAUUGGGAGCUGAUACUGAGUUACUUAACGAGAAAAAUUUUACAGUACAAGAUGUUAUUUGUUCGCUCAACCAAAGGAAGACUGUUCUGGAAAGUGAAAUUGAAUCGCUUAGCAAUGAGAAGACUAGCUUGGGAAAUGAGACUGUGUUACUCAACACGGACAAGACGAAAUUGCUUAGUGAUUUGGAGUUGCUCAACAAGGAGAAGACUAGAUUGGGAGCUGAUACCGAGUUACUUAACAAGAAAAAUUCUACAGUACAAGAUGUUAUUUGUUCGCUCGAGCAAAGGAAGUCUGUUCUGGAAAGUGAAAUUGAAUCGCUUAGCAGUGAGAAGACUAGCUUGGGAAAUGACACUGAGUUACUCAACAUGGAGAAGACUAAAUUGGCAAGUGAUUUGGAGUUGCUCAACAAGGAGAAGACUAGAUUGGGAGCUGAUACUGAGUUACUUAACGAGAAAAAUUCUACAGUACAAGAUGUUAUUUGUUCGCUCGACCAAAGGAAGUCUGUUCUGGAAAGUGAAAUUGAAUCGCUUAGCAAUGAGAAGACUAGCUUGGGAAAUGAGACUGAGUUACUGAACAUGGAGAAGACGAAAUUGGUAAGUGAUUUGGAGUUGCUCAACAAGGAGAAGACUAGGUUGGGAGCUGAUACCGAAUUACUUAACAAGAAACAUUCUACAGUACAAGAUGUUAUUUGUUCACUCGACCAAAGGAAGUCUGUUCUGGAAAGUGAAAUUGAAUCGCUUAGCAAUGAGAAGACUAGCUUGGGAAAUGAGACUGAGUUACUGAACAUGGAGAAGACGAAAUUGGUAAGUGAUUUGGAGUUGCUCAACAAGGAGAAGACUAGGUUGGGAGCUGAUACCGAAUUACUUAACAAGAAACAUUCUACAGUACAAGAUGUUAUUUGUUCACUCGACCAAAGGAAGUCUGUUCUGGAAAGCGAAAUUGAAUCGCUUAGCAAUGGGAAGACUUGCUUGGGAACUGAGACCGAGUUGCUCAAUAAGGAGAAGUCGAAAUUGGUUAGUGAUCUUGAAUUUUUCAAGAAAGAGCAGUUGGCAGUGCAGAGUGAUAUUUGUUCGCUCAACCAAAGGAAGACUGUUCUGGCAAGUGAAAUUGAAUCGCUUAGCAGUGAGAAGACUGGCUUGGGAACUGAGACCGAGUUGCUCAACAAGGAGAAGUCGAAAAUGGUUAGUGAUCUUGAAUUUUUCAAGAAAGAGCAGUCGGCAGUGCGGACUGAUAUUUGUUCGCUAGAGGAAAAAAAGACGAUCCUGGAAAAUAAAAUUGAAUCGCUUAACAAUGAGAUGACACAGUUGGGAAGUGAUGCCGAGUUACUUAACAAGGAGAAGACAAUAUUGCUGAGUGAUUUUGAAAUACUUAACAAAGAAAAGUGUGUAGUGCAAGGUGAUAUUUGUUCGCUCAUUGAAAAGAAGAUUAUACUGGAAAGUGAAACCGAAUCACUUAACAAAGAGAAGACUAAGUUGGGAAAUGACACUGACUUUCUCAACCAGCAGAAGAAGAAAUUGAGAAGUGAUUUUGAAUUUCUCAUCAGUGAAAAGUGUAAUGUACAAGCUGAUAUUUGUUCGCUUAAUGGAAAGAAGAUUACUCUGGAAUGUGAAAUUGGAUCGCUUUGCAGUGAGAAGACUCAAUUGGGAACUGAUACGGAGUUACUCAACAAGGAGAAGAAGAUAUUGGUAAGUGAUAUGGAGUUACUCAACAGGGAGAAGACGGAAUUGCAAGCCGAUUUUGAAAUUCUCGACAGCAAAAAAUCUGCAGUACAAGGUGAUAUUUUGUCUCUCAAUGAAAAGAAGUCUCUGUUGGAAAGUGAAAUUACUUCACUUAUUUGUGAGAAGACUCACUUGACAAGUGAUACCGAGUUACUCAGCAAAGAAAUGUCUUCGGUGCAAAGUGAUGUUUGUUCGCUGAACGAAGAGAAGACUCUGUUGGAAAGUGAAAUUAUUUCACUUAGCAGUGAGAAGACUCAAUUAAGAAGUGAUACCGAGUUACUCAACAAAGAAAUGUCUACAGUGCAAAGUGAUGUUUGUUCGCUGAAUGAGAAGAAGACUCUGUUGGAAAGUGACAUUAUUUCACUUAGCGGUGAGAAGACUCAAUUGAGAAGUGAUACCGAGUUACUCAACAAAGAAUUGUCUACAGUGCAAAGUGAUGUCUGUUCGCUGAAUGAAAAGAAAACUCUGUUGGAAAGUGAAAUUAUUUCACUUAGCAGUGAUACCGAGUUACUCAACAAAGAAAUGUCUACAGUGAAAAGUGAUGUUUGUUCGCUGAAUGAAAAGAAGACUAUCUUGGAAAGUGAAAUCGAAUCACUUGACAAGGAGAAGACUAAAUUACGAAGCGAUUUUGAAGUUCUAAACAAAGAAAAGCUGGCAGUGCAGAGUGGUAUUUGUUCGCUAGAGGAAAAGAAGACUAUUCUGGAAGAUGAGGUUGAAUGGCUUCACAAUAAGAAGACUCAAUUGGGAAGUGAUACCGAGCUACUCAACAAGGAGAAGACGAAAUUGCAAACCGAUUUUGAAUUUCUAAGCAAAGAAAUGUCUGCAGUGAAGGGUGAUAUAUGUUCGCUCAAUGAAAAGAAGACUAAUCUGGAAAGUGAAUUUGAAUCGCUUAGCAAUGAGAAGACUAACUUGGGAAAUGAUAUUGAGGUGCUCAAUGAGGAGAAGACAAAACUGCAAAGUGAUUUCGAAUUUCUCAACAAAGAAAAGUCCACAGUGGAAAGUGUUAUUUCUUCACUUAACGAAAAGAAGACUCUCCUGGAAAGUGAAAUUGAAUUGCUUAAAAAUGUGAAGACUAAAUUGGGAACUGAAACUGAGUUUCUUAACAAGGAGAAGACAGAACUGCGUAGUGAUUUUGAAUCUCUCAACCAUGAGAAAACUAAUCUGGGAAUGGAUGUUGUGCUACUCAAGAAAAGAAAAUCUGAAUUAGAAACUGAUUUUGGUUUCCUCCAAGAUGAGAAGAAUACACUGCAUAAUGAGAUUGACUCUAUGAACAAAGAGAAGGCUACAUUGCAUUCUGAUAUUCAAUUUCUCACCAAGGAGAAGGAUAAAUUGCAGUCUGAUGUCGAAUUUCUCAACGAGGAGAAGGCUGAAUUUAUUCGUUCAGCUACGUCUGAAGUUAAUGAAUGUUUUUAUGAACGUGAGAAAACACUGGCGGCAAAUGAAAAUCUGUUCAUAGAACUUAAAGAGAUGAACCAAACAUUGGUUGCCAAGGAAAGGUUUUACACCGAAGAACUUCAGGAAGCUCGCCAAGAAUUUAUCAAGGUAAUGGCUUCAGAGAAGGUAAAUACCAGACAUACAGGGAUUGGAGUCAAGACAAUGAGAAAGGGAGAACAGGUGCUCUGGAACUUCAGAGAGGGAAAGAGAGCGGCGCUGAAAGAAGUAAUUAGAUUUCAGUUUAACCGUAUGAAAAAGUAAAACAGAUCAACAUUCUACAUCAGCCUUCGUCUGUUAAUUGUGCUGAGGAUUUUUUCAGCUGGACAUUAUGAAUGUCUACUUCCUCCAAUUUUCUGACAUGAUUGAAGACUGUAGAGAUGUUGUUGUUGUUAUUUAAUGAAGACGGUGGAGAUGUUAUCGGAUGGCUGCCAACGUAAAGCUAAACCUGUAAAUGUUUAACAUUUGAAUGUAAAGCUGUUACCAAAGCUACAUGUUUCAGACGAAGUCGGGGGUAUAACUCAGUUUGGUUGAUCAAGGUCAGAUUCACUCCAUUUCCUCUCCAAGAGAAAUGGAGCUAGCGAAUAUUCACAAUCUAGUGGAUGACAGCUGAGAUAUCCCAGAUUAAUGUGCCAGAGUUGCAGGAACUGAUGCAACAAUAUAUCAAAGAGGUUCAGUUCGCUGUGCAUAUGGAAGAUAGGUUAAUUUGGACCUAAAGCAAUACAGGUGAAGGUACAACAAAGAUUGCUUAUGAAUGCUGCAGACCUAGUAAGCCAACUGACAUCAACUUGUCGAAAUUGUAGGAUUCCAGAACGGCUCCCAGAAGAGCCUGGACCGUGUAGAAGUUGCUACAUAAUCCAGUGCCUACUGACGAUGUAGUUCUUUUUCCUGGAAUUAGCUCGGCAUCUUGCUGUAAUUUGUAUACGGUUCUGUGUUGCUUUGAAACACAACACCAUCUAUUCUUUGAAUGCGUUUAUGCAACUGCGCUUUGGAAUUGGUUAGGCAGUCUUCAAUGUGGCUUUAACUGCAACUUCUAUUUGCAGAAUGUUCACUAUUAUUGGUAUAGCUUUGUUGGCAGCUAUCGGAUCAAGAAGCUUUUAUGGGUGGCA